GGUUGAUCCUCGCUAUGGGUUGCCUCAGACAGACGAACCAGGAGCGGCGGAGAUCGUGCCGCAGCCACAGCAGCUGGCGGGGACGAUUCCGCUGGAGCCCGCGGGCAGCGGGGAGGGCAGCGGGCGCGCGCACCCGAACACGGCGAACGCGGCGAAUGUGACGGCGGCGGCGGCGAUGGCGGAGGCGGGGCACUCGCUGGAAGGCGUGGAGGCAGAGCUUAUCCUGUGCCCGCUGCGGCUGGCCAUAGAGAGCAAGCAGAGCCGCCUCAUGGAGACCGCGCUAGACUGCCUGCACAAACUGAUAUCGUAUGGUCAUUUGGAGGGCGACUGCGGGCUGGAGGGCGGAAAGAACAACAAAGUGCACACGGAGAUAUUCCAGCUGGUGUGCUCCUGCGCCGACAACACGGCACUCGAUAGCGUGGUGCUGCAGGUCAUCAAGGUCAUCCUCACUGCCAUCGCCUCAUCCACAUUCCAAGUGCAUGGAGAGUGCCUGAUUCUUGCCCUGCGCACAUGCUACAACAUUGUGCUCACCAGCAAGAGCCAGGUGAACCUGUCAACGGCCAGGGGCACGCUCACUCAGAUGCUCAACAUCGUCUUCAAACGCAUGGAGGCAUCAGAGCUAGCCAGCGCUCCUCAGCGCCCCCACGCCUACCCCACACCCACCAAGCCCUCUGAGGAAGGGCCCUCCGCCGACCAACCUGCUGCUGCCGCUGCUGCUUUCGGUGAUCCCACCUCCUCACGCGCAUUCUUCUCCCCACUUCCCCUUCCCGCCCCCCCCUCCCUUCCACAUGUGCAGAGCGCCCCUCAACGCCCGCACGCCUACCCCACCCCCACCAAGCCCUCUGAGGAAGGGACCUCUACUGACCAACCUGCUGCUGCUGGUGAUGGUGGUGGUGGUGCUGCUGCUGCAGUGGAGGGGACAGAAGGGAAGGAGGGAGGCGGGGAUGGGGAGGAGGAAGGGGAGGUUGAGGGCAAUGGGGAGAGGGACGAAAGAGCGGGAGUGCAGGAGGAGCUAAAAGUCCUGGAGGGGCCGCAACCCAGUAUAGAGGCCCUAGACGCUGUGCUAAGUAAAGCACUUAGGCCGCAGGGAGUGGGCGCAGGUGGGGAUGCUGCUGGAGGUGGUGGUGGUGAGGGUGGUGAAGGGGAGGGAGGUGCUGGGACAGCCGAGGGGAGUGGGGAGGAGGGAGCUGGGGCGACUCCUGCUGCGCCAAAGGGCAUGGAUCUGAGCCUGCUGGCUCUGGCGCAGAGAGACGCGCUGCUGGUGUUCCGCACGCUGUGCAAGAUGGCCAUGAAGGACGGCACAGAGGACCUCGUUCUGCGCACCAAGGCGCUUUCACUCCAGUUGCUGCAGGGUCUAUUGGACUCAGGUCUGCUGGACUCAGUGAGUCGCGAGUUCACACUCAACUUCGCCUUCCUCGACUCCAUCAAAAUGUACCUCUGCUAUGCGCUCGUGCUCAUGAACCCGUGCGCAUUCCCCCCUCCUUUACCCCCUCCCUCCUUGCAGGGUCUGCUGGACUCAGUGAGCCGCGAGUUCACGCUCAACUUCGCCUUCCUGGACUCCAUCAAGAUGUACCUCUGCUACGCACUCGUGCGUGCCGCCGUCUCCCCUUCCGACCACCACGGCCUAGCCUGCUCCAUCUUUGCCACGCUCAUCCAGCGCUUCCGCGAGUCUCUUAAAGCCGAGAUCGGCCUCUUCUUCCCCCUCGUCGUCCUCCGGUCACUCGACUCCCCGGAUAUCUCCCCCACCCAACGCCUGGGUCUGCUGAGGGUGCUAGAGCGGCUCACAGCCGAACCACAGCUACUAGCGGAUGUUUUCGUGAACUACGACUGUGAUUUGGACGCGUCGAAUCUGUUUGAGCGCAUGGUGACGUCUCUGGAGCGGCUUGCGCAGAUGCCUGUGGUGGGGAUUGCGGGCGGAGGGGCAGGGGCGGGGGGAGCGGGUGCGGGAGGGGAGGGUGGGGCGGCGUUGGUAGCGGCGGUGAAGCUGGCUGCGUUGCAGUGCUUGGUGAACGUGGUACAUGCGUUGGAUACGUGGUAUGGGAAGGACAAGCCUCCGGUGCCGGUGGGUGCGGCGGGUGGGGAGAAGGAGGAGGAAGGGGACGAGUGGAAGGCGGAUGGGUUGGGAGCGGUGGAGGAGGAGGAGGAGGAUGAGGAUGAGGAGGAGAGGGAGGGGCGGGUGGCGAAGUGGGCGGCGGCAGAAUCACAGGCGGAUCAGUUUGGGCGGGCCAAGGCGCAAAAGGCAGCGUUUGAGACAGCUGUGGAAAAGUUCAACAUGAAGCCAGAGAAGGGACUGGCGUUCCUGCGGACGAGAGGGCUGCUGGCUGCCGACGCUGCUGCCACGGCUGAGUUCCUGCGCUCCACUCCUGGGCUCGAUAAGACGGCCAUAGGGGACUACCUGGGCCAUCACGACGACUACCACCUGGCAGUGAUGCACGCAUACGUGGAUGGCAUCCCCUUCCACAGCACCUCCUUCGACCACGCCAUCCGCACCUUCCUCAAGGGAUUCCGCCUCCCGGGGGAGGCGCAGAAGAUCGAUCGCAUCAUGGAGAAGUUUGCCGAAAAGUAUUGCAAGGACAACCCGGGGGUGUUCAAGACAGCAGACAGCGCGUACGUGUUGGCGUACGCAGUGAUCAUGCUCAACACAGACGCACACAACCCCGUGGUGACCGCCAAGAUGACCAAAGCCGACUUCGUGCGAAUCAACUCGUCCCUCGAGGGCGAGGAGAGCGCGCCCAAGGAGCUCCUAGAGGCCAUUUAUGACUCAAUAGUCUCCGAGGAGAUUAAACUGCGCGAUGAUGGCGGUCCGGGGGGCGCGGGAGGGGGUGGAGCGGGCGGGGCGGGCGGGAAGGAGAAAGGGCAGCUGGUAACCGUGCUGAAUCUGGCGUCGGGGCAUAAACGCAGCACGGUGGAUGUACGAAAGGAGAGUGACGAUAUUAUCAAGCGAACACAGGCGAUUGUGAGGAGAGGGCGGGUGCAGCGCGGGGUGUUUCACUCCGCUGCCCAUGCUGACCUCGCUCGGCCCAUGCUGGAGGCGGUGGGAUGGCCUCUGGUCGCCACGUUUGCUGUGACCAUGGAGGAAGGUCCGUCGGGAGAGAGUGCUGCUGCAGUGGCUGCUCUAGCGGCAGGGGGUGCAGGGGGUGGGGGGCCGAAGAGUCUGGUGGUGGUGUGCAUGGACGGGCUCCGCUGUGCGAUUCACCUGGCGUUUCUCCUGGGCAUGGAGACUCUCCGCUACGCUCUCCUGACCUCGCUCGUCCGCUUCACCUUCCUGCACGCGCCGAGGGAACUCCGGGUGAAGAACCUAGAGGCGAUCCGGACGCUGCUGGCGAUAGCAGAGCAGGAGCCAGAGGCGCUGCAGGACACGUGGAAUGCUGUGCUGGAAUGCGUGUCCAGGCUGGAGCACGUUGCCACGUCACCUGCCAUGCUGGCGGUGCUGGGCGCGCCGCCCGCGCCGGUGGCCGUGAGGGAGGCGCUGCUGGGAGGGGUUGAGGAGCUGGCUGGAAAACCGCUGGAGCAGGUCUUUGUCGUGAGUUCCAGGCUCCCAUCAGACGCAGUGGUCGAGUUCUUCAUCGCUCUUUGUGGUGUGUCCGCAGAGGAGCUCCGCCAGUCACCCCCGCGGGUCUUCUCACUGCAGAAGAUUGUGGAGAUCUCAUACUACAACAUGACUCGUAUUCGAAUGGUGUGGGCGCGCAUCUGGUCGGUGCUAGCGGUGCAUUUCAUCACGGCGGGGCAGAACCCCGACGAGCACGUCGCUAUGUACGCCGUCGACUCCAUCCGCCAGCUGGCGCUGAAAUAUCUGGAGCGCGCUGAGCUGGCGCGCUUCACGUUCCAGAACGACAUCCUGAAGCCGUUUGUGGUGCUCAUGCGCACGAGCCGCAGCGAGAAGACAAGGGAACUCAUCGUGCAGUGCGUCGUGCAGAUGAUAAAGGUGAAGGUGGGCGGCAUCAAGAGCGGGUGGCGCAGUGUGUUCAUGGUGCUCACUACUGCCGCCACUGACAGCCACGAGCCCAUUGUGGAGAGCGCGUUUGAGACCGUGGAGCAGGUGGUACUGGAACACUUUGAGCAGGUGAUAGGCGACUGUUUCAUGGACUGCGUGAACUGCCUCAUGGCCUUCGCCAACAACGUCCUCGUGCCCCGCAUCUCUCUCAAAGCCAUUGCACUCCUCCGUAUCUGCGAGGACCGUUUAGCAGAGGGCCGGGUCCCGGGAGGCGCCCUGCGCCCCGUGAAUGAAGGCGAGAAGAUGAGCGACAAUGAGGUGGCGGAGUAUUACUGGUUCCCGAUGCUCGCCGGGCUGUCGGAGCUGACUUCCGACCCUCGUCCGGAGGUUCGGAGCUGCGGCGUGGAGGUUCUGUUUGAUCUGCUUCGGGAGAGGGGGCAUAAGUUUUCGACACGGUUCUGGGAGAGUGUGUUUGAGAGGGUGCUGUUCCCCAUCUUUGACUAUGUGCGGCACGCCGGCACGGAUGGGGAGAGGCCGCCCCCCACGGACCUGUGGCUGAGAGACACGUCCAUUCACUGCCUGCACCUGCUCUGCGACCUCUUCUGUGAUUUCUAUAAGGACGUGGCCUUCAUCCUGCCGUCCCUGCUUGGUCUCCUGCUCGACUGUGCCACGCGCCCCGACCAGUCACUGGCAGCCAUAGCGGUGGGAGCACAGCUGAGGCUCAUCGACAGGGGGGCGCCGCUCUUCUCCUCUCGGGAUUGGGCCGUGCUUCUUGACAGCCUCAGAGUUGCUACGCUAACCACUCGCCCCACCGAGCUCCUUGCAAUCACCGAAGCCUCCCUAGCUGCUUCUGCCGCUGCCACCGCCACCGCCGCUGCUGCUGCUGGUGACACCGCUGCUGCCAACGCCGCCACUGCCGCUGCGACUGCUGAGCUGUCACUGGACAACGCUGUGCUGGAAUCCGGCGCUGCUGACCUGGCGGAUCAUGCGUCAGGCUCGGCAAUCCGUACCAAGAUUCCCACUGGUGACGUGGCGACGAGCCUGAUGGGUCCGAACCUGAGUGAGAGGGUCGUGGCCGUGCCUGGAGGUGUGACCGUAACCGAACAAGUGACCGAAGUGGAUGUGACUGUAACGGAGGGAGGAGAGGGUAACGGGGUGGUGGACAGGAGUGGGGCGGAGGAGGAGGAGGCGAGUGGUGGGGAGGGGAAGGGCGAGGAAGAAGGAAAGGUGGAAGGGGAGGGGUUGGCGAAUGGGGAGGGGACUGCCAUCAAGCCUUCAGCAUCAGGCGAGGGCGACAACUUUGGCAAGCGACUGAUGGACACGCUGCUGAUGCGCAACCUCUCCAUGGCUCUGGGGGGCGCCCCCACGCCCGCUGCCGGCGGGGGCGGCAGCAUGAGCAUCUGGUCGCGAGCCUCCAACGCAAGUGACGCUGCCCUGGCCUCUGCUGUCGAAUCCGAGGAGCAAGGCGAUGGGGCCAAGGAAGAAGAGGAGGAGGAAGAGGAGGACGAGGAGGCAUCGGCCUUCCCGGUGGCAGACCCUGUGCGGGUCAAGUGCUACACGCAGCUGCUGCUGCUGGGGGCGCUGAAUCAGCUACAGGAAAAGCACUGGCAUCGCCUGCGGGCGGCGCACCGGCGGCAGCUAUUGGACUGCAUCGCCACCAGCAUUGACUUUGCCGCCCGCUUCAACUCCGACACGCACCUGCGCAUGCGCAUCCAAAUGCUGCCGCCCGAACGCCCUCCCCCAUCCCUGCUGCGCCAGGAGGUGACAGCAACGCAGCUGUACCUGAUCGUGCUGCUGCGCUGCCUCAACGACCCGGCAGCAGCGCUGCUCCCACCAGCCCUCUCCUCCCAGAUGCUGCUGCAGUCGGGGGCAGCCCAUGGGGACGGCGCAGGGGAGGGGGAGGAGCACGUGCAUGGGAAGCCAACCCCUGGAGCAGCAGCGGCAGAAGGGGGGAGAGCAGCAGCAGGAGCAGGGGUGGGAGCAAACGGGGGAGCUGCGGCGAAGGGGGGAGCAGCAGGGGGUGGGGAAGAGGGAGAGGGGGGUGAAGAGGAGGAGGAGGAGAGGAGGCGGUUGGGGGAGGAGGCGGAGGAGCAGUUGCUGCGGGUGUGUGGGAGGGUGCUGGAGAUGUCGUCUCGUCUGCAGCCCAACACGGGGCAGGCUGUAGAGGCCGAGGUGCAUCGCCUGCUUGCCCUCCGUGCGCCUGUUGUUGCCAGAGUGCUGUCGGCGCUGAGUCAGAUGGACGUGGCUCGCUUUGAGCGCUUCGUGCCGCACCUCUACCCGCACUGCACCCGCCUCAUCUGCUCCGACCAGGUGGAGGUGAGGAAGGCCCUUGGCGACCUCUUCAAGGCCCGUCUCACUCUUCCCUCCCACCCUCCCGCAUGCCUCCCUCUCACCCCUCCGUGCCUCUUCCCCUCUGUAUCUCCCACCGACCAGGUGGAGGUGAGGAAGGCCCUUGGCGACCUCUUCAAGGCCCGCCUCACUCCUCUUAUUCCUGGGUCUGAUGCACCUUCACCUCCCAUGACGGCUUCCGCGUAA